AUGAUGUCUAAGAUGAUGCAAGAAGGACCGGCACCUUCUGAGAGCCAGGAACAUUGUCUGGAAGUGCACAGCCUCUUGCUGAAACUGUAUCCGGAGUCCAAGCGCGACACUAUCGCCUACUUCCGAGAGAAACAACGGGAUCAGUACGAAGAAAUCUGCCUAAAAGCGCUGGACUUCAUGUCGAAAUGUUUAGAGGAACUGGAACCGUGCCUUAUUGAAAUUCAUGUUGUGGAAUUAUAUAAUUUGCCUCCCGUCAAUCGGGAAUCUCCUGUGGAAUUGCACGCUUUACGCGACAAAGCCGAUAAGGCACUCUCAGCUUUAAGACGUUUAAACCGAACACAAUAUGGUAUCCUCAAUGAUAUUCUCGUCUAUUUCGUAUCGCUCAAGCUUGACCCAGCCACUCGCCGCGCUUGGAAACUCAAAACUGGAUCUGAAUCGACGUCGCCAAAUUACGAAGAUUUAAUUAACUUUAUAUCGUCGCGUGCGCUCGCUAUUGAAGAAUUAUCGUCUUCCGAAGGCAAUAAAUGUCGACAAACCGUAAAAUCGAAUAAUGCGACACUUUCUAAUCAGUCUCCCGAUCAAUGCAAACUUUGUAAAAAACCGCAUUAUAUUAGUAGGUGUCAGCAAUUCUUAAAUAAUAGUUCGAAUCAACGACGCGAAUUAGUGAAAAAUUCAAACAGAUGUUUCAAUUGUCUCGGCAUAAAGCAUUCCGCGCAAGAAUGUAAAAGUAAAAAUACAUGUCGCACGUGUCAAAAGAUGCAUCAUUCUCUCUUGCAUAUUGAUUCGACCUCUUCUAUCGAUACAAGCGCGACACAAUCUAAUGCGUUAAGCGUAAAUAAUACCGUCGACGCUCCCGAAACGUCAAAGGCCGUCGCAAUGUCCGCCGUAUGUUCAAGUGCGCCCGUGUCAUCCGUCCUACCUGUCACGGCGAAAGUAAUGGUCCGAUCUCUCGACGGUCGGGUCUGUGAAGCUCGUGUCCUGAUUGAUCAAGGGUCCGAGGUCACAUUUAUUUCAGAAAAAUUAGCAAGAAUAUUGCGUUUAAAUCGAAAGCGAAUUCUCGCUCAAAUCUCCGCAGUAGGAGGUGUCGACGCGGAUACAUGUCGAUACUCCGCUAUCAUUGAACUCGUACCCCGCGGAAAGCCUAAGCCAGUUUUCACAACAGUCGCAUACAUUCUCAAGGCGCUAACUAAAUACGCGCCGCUAUUGUCAGCAUCAGUAGCUGACUGGAGACACUUAAAUUCUCUCACGUUAGCGGACGACGAUCCUACAGGAUCAAGUCCUAUUGACAUCAUAAUUGAUGCUGAUAUUUAUGGUCACGUCAUUCUGAACGGAAUCCGGAAAGGACCAAUAGGGCAACCUAUCACCCAACGAUUUCACUUUGGAUGGAUUCUUUCCGGACCAGCUCAAAAUCGAAACGCUGUCGCUCAUACAAUUAACGUUUUUCAUUGUUCCCUCGAGCAUGAUUUACGUCAGUUCUGGGAAAUUGAGGAAAUUCCACGAUCUAAAAUUUUGUCUCCUGCUGAAGAACAGUCUUUAAAACGACGCCUAGAUACGAAUCCAGAUAUUAAUUCGGAAUACUCGGCUUUUCUCGAGGAAUAUGAGCAUCUAAACCACAUGCAAAAAGUGCAACCGCCAAUCAAGCCUCAGUCGCAAAUGGUCUAUCUACCGCAACACCCCGUAAUUCGCGCAACGAGCUCAACCACAAGACUGCGCGUAGUAUUUAACGCAUCGAGCCUCACUACAAAUGGGACAUCACUAAAUUCUCAUCUCGAAAUCGGGUCUAAAUUGCAAACAGAAAUAACGUCGAUUUUACUGCGAUGGCGACAACAUAAGUAUGUUUACAUGGCGGAUAUUGCCAAGAUGUAUCAACAGAUUUUAAUUGACCCUCGUGAUCGCAACUACCAACGCAUCGUCUGGUAUAAUCAAGAUCAAAUCGCUAUCCAGGAUUAUCAACUAUCGACUGUCACUUAUGGAACCGCUUCAGCCCCGUUUCUUGCUCUGAGAGUGCUGAAGCAAUUAUUAACUGACGAAGGGGCCGCGUUUCCCCUCGCCGCUCCGAUUUUUCAAGAUUUAUGUGGAUGA